AUGAGUAAUUUAACUUUAUUUAAUAAUAAUAUAAUUCUAUUGAUAGUAUCAAUCAAUUUUAUUCCAAUAAUAAUAAUAUCGUUUUUAAUUCCAAUAACAGUCCUUCGACAAAAUCAAGCUUUAUUAACAAUUUUUCUUAGUUUUGCAUCCGGUGGUUUAACAGCGGAUGUUUUUCUUCGUUUACUUCCGUAUAUUAUUCGUUCAUAUAAUGAUUCAAUUGACACUCAAAGUGAACUUCAUGUUUAUUAUCAUCAUGAUAAUCGUGCUGGUUUAUUUAUGCUUAUGGGUAUUUUUCUUUCAUUGAUUAUUGAAAAAUUCUUUCGAUAUUUUCAAAAUGAUAAUAAACAAACAGACACUACAUCGUCAUUAAUGAAUUCUACUAAUAUUUUAGCUUAUUUAUUUUUAUUAGCAGAUAUUUCACAUAAUUAUACAAAUAGUUUGAGUCUUUGUUCAAUUAUUUUAAUGAAAUCAACAAUUAAUUCGACUUUGAUAAUGACUAAGGUUAUUUAUGAGGUGUUACAUAUACUCUAUGGUUAUGCUAUUUUAAUUUAUAGUGGAUGGACUCCAGCGACAGCAAUGAAAUUUCAAUUAUUAACAGGAUUAGGUGGUUCAAUUAUUUGUUUGGUUAGUUUACAAUAUCAAUCACAUCUUAUACUCCAAUUAUGGUCAAAUCACAUAUGUUUACCAAUAAUUGCUGGAAUAUUUAUUCAUAUAUCAACAGUACAUAUUAUUCCAGAACGUUCUCAGUAUAUUUUACUUACAGAAAUAUGA